UCAUUGCUGCGUGCAAAAAAUGUAUUUCAGUGUUUGCGCUUAUCCAUAUACACACACACAAUAGCACCCCCUCUCGCUCAGUUUUUUCAUUUGCGCUUGCUCGCAAUGUGUUGCUUGCGCUCACAACAUUCUCUGCUGCAAGCGCUCAACUCUCUGUACACCGUUAUAAGUGUGCCACAAAACCAACCAAUCACAGACUUGGUUUCAAAAAUUCUGAUUGGCUCUUACAGUCUCCAAUCAGCUCGCUAGCUGCUGCAUUCCGGAAACAGUCCGAAAUGUAGCUAAAUCCAGCUAAACUCAAUUUAACCCCAAUUUGCGGAUAAUAUCUUUAAUUAUUUUAUUUUAAAAUAUAUUAUUUGUUAAGACUAUCGUUGGUGUAGUAUAAUGUAGUUGCAUUAUACAACCAUGCCAACUGACUCUCCAAAUUAUAUUUGAGUAGCUCUCUUUUAUGUCGUCGAAUACUGAACAGCAGCACGAAAACAACAUGUCCCGGCCACAUGUAAGUAAUAUAAAAUCAUUUUGUACAUUAUUAUUCGCUUGAUAACUGACGUUAGCUAAUUUGCAAACUAUGCAAACUUGAAAAAUGAUGUACCUCAUGUAGUUCGUUUUAUGGGUUGUUUAUUUUUGUCUGAGAUACGUCAUUUCAUUGUAUUUUUCUAACUACUUGUCCAUGUUUGCUGCUUUUAACAGGACAUACUGAGACAGCAAAUGAUGCAUAGACUCCUCUCUAAACUGGAAGCUGCUUUAAACCAACAACCACUAAAUCUGGAUUAUUUGGAGUUCUUGACUCGUCAUGAGCUUGUUCUGUUUGAAUCUUUCUCUCAGCAAAUAGGUGGUCUGUCAGAGAUUACAGAGGCUCUACAAAAUGUUCAUCAUCUGGUUCAGUGUGAAAUUAACAUCACCUCUGUGGGAAUUAUUGAACUGGAAACAGAAGUUGGUCUGGGACCUGGCCACCCCAAAAUCGUACUAGAGAGAGAAAAACUGAAGAACUUGUUGGACACUCAGCUGCCAGUCAGCUGCAUCGCUAAAUGUCUUGGUGUUUCAAGAAGAACAAUCUUCAGGAGGAUGCAAGAAUUUGACUUGUCUGUGAGAGGAACAUACAGCACAAUGAAUGACCAAGAGCUGGACAACAUCAUAUCGACUAUCAAAAUCAGAUGCCAAAUGCUGGCUAUCGAAUGGUUCAAGGACAUUUGGUUUCUAUGGGUCUCCGUGUUCAGUGGUGGAGAAUGAUGGCCUCCAUGCAUCGAGUUGAUGCUGUUGGGAUCUUCACACGGAUUACAGAACUAGGCUGUGUUGUGCGAAGAAGCUACUCGGUGCGAGGCCCUCUCUCCCUUGUCCACAUAGACACAAAUCACAAGCUAAUAAGGUACAAUGUUGUGAUCUUUGGUGGAGUGGAUGGCUACUCAAGGAAGGUCCUGUACUUGGAUGCAGCAACUAACAACAGGGCAAAAACUGCAUUCUCAUUUUUCCUGAGAUCAGCCCAGCUUCACGGCUUGCCAUCAAGGGUUAGGGCAGAUCAAGGAGUAGAAAACCUGGACAUUGCACAUUUCAUGUUUGCCACAAGAGGAACAGGGAGAGCGAGUUUCAUAUCUGGAAAGAGUGUCCACAAUCAGAGAGUAGAACGACUUUGGCGUGAUGUCUGGAUUGCAGUCACUAGCAAGUACCAUGAUGUUCUUCACUCACUUGAGGAGGAUGGCCUGCUUGACAUUUCAGAUGUCAUUCAUCUCUUUGGUGUCCACUACAUCUUUGUCCCUCGACUCCGAGCAGAUCUUGUCACCUUUGUUGGAGGAUGGAAUAAUCAUCCCCUCAGGACAGAAGGUGGUCUCACUCCUGAACAGCUCUGGUGUAUGGGACAUCUACAAGAGCUGGACGACGGCGAGAGACUUGAGGAGCUUCAGGAUCCAGGUAUUGACUGGGAGAGUGCUGUACUGCAAGAAGAAUCUAACAGCACAGUUGUGGUUCCUGAAAUUGAAUGCCCACUGGAUGAGGAAACCCUGGAGGGACUUCAGAGAACAAUUAAUCCCUUGGGACAUUCAGAAUCUUACGGUCGUGACCUGUAUAUACAAUUCUUGCUACUGGUGUCAAACCAACAGUGACACUUAAGAUGGACGUGAAAGUCAACGCUCUUUUGUUCUCAAAUACUGGAUUUCUUUGUUUCUUUGUUGAAAGAUUACAGAUUACAAUUCAGAUUACAAGUAGACAAUCAAACAAAGCACUUGCUUAUUAUCUAUCAACGUAGGACCCUACACAAAGUUUUGAAGUCUUAUCAUUUUCA